AAAAAUGAGGUGAAAACAUUUCCCUCCUUUAUCAGGCUGAAAAUCAUUUACCAUCAUCUAUCUACCUAAUAUCACAGUAAAAUAGUAAAUCGCCUAAUUUCUCGAGAAAAAAAAAAAAUUACGGCUAGUUGGCGGUUGCGAAGGGAGGAGGAUGGUAGUGCCGAUGAAGGGUGGCAGACUUUGGGGGGUGACAAGAUGUCAAGAAGUCAAGAACGGCAGAGGGAUGGUGGGGACAACAGAGGGUGGUUGUGCGGAUUGAGGGUGGUGGGGCUCAGGGCUGGUCAAUGAAUCUGAAAUACAACUACUCAGAUGUGGAUUUUUGGCAGGAAAGGACCAUCUGGGUUCUCAGCUAGUUCAACAGCAGAGGAAGUUACCCAGGGAAUUGAUGGAAGUGGUCUCACUGCCAUUGUUACAGGAUCAUCAAGUGGCAUUGGUGUAGAGACUACACGUGUUCUUGCAUUGCGUGGUGUCCAUGUCAUUAUGGCUGUAAGGAAUAUGGAUGCUGGUAGGAAAAUCAAAGAACAAGUUCUUAAGGAAAUCCCCAAUGCCAAAAUUGAUGUCAUGCAGUUAGAUCUUAGCUCAAUGGGAUCGGUGAGGAAAUUUGCAUCAGAUUAUAAUGAAUCAGGUCGUCCACUGAAUCUCCUCAUUAACAAUGCAGGGGCGAUUGUGAGGCAAUUCAAGCUUUCGCAAGACAACAUUGAACUGCAAUUUGCAACUAAUCAUUUAGGUCAUUUUCUUUUGACGAACCUUCUAUUGGAGACCAUGAAAAAAACUGCUCGUGAAAGAAACAAAGAGGGGAGGAUUAUUAAUGUAUCAUCUGAGGCUCACCGAUUCGUGUUUGGUGAAGGGAUUUGUUUCGAUAAGAUCAAUGAUGAAUCAGGAUACAGCAUGUGGUUUGCCUAUGGGAAAUCAAAGCUUGCCAACAUUUUGCAUGCUAAUGAGCUUGCAAGGCGCUUGAAGGAAGAAGGGGUAGAGAUAACUGCUAAUUCCCUUCAUCCAGGUGCAAUUGGUACAAAUAUUCUGCGUGUCCACCGUUUCAUUCAUGUUAUUGCUUCUACACUUUGUAAAUGUGUGUUAAAAAGUGUUCAUCAGGGAGCAGCAACUCAAUGCUAUGUGGCAUUGCAUCCACAAGUUAAAGGAGUAAGUGGUGAAUAUUUCAUGGACAGUAAUAAAGCGAAAGCUAGCUCUCGGGCUACAGAUGCAGAAUUGGCAAAGAAAUUAUGGGACCUCAGUUUGAGCUUGACUGGCCAAAACUAGUUAGGAUUUAAGGUGUUCACUUGCGUUGUAUCCUCUUUGUACUUAUAAGAACCCAUAAAACUCUUCCUGUGUACCUAUAGCUUGGGCGCUUUACGCUUUUAGUUUAUUUUGAUUACUUGUGAAUAUUAAAAGAAAGAACUGAUAAAACUAGAAUAAAUGGUAUUUCAGUUG